UUGACUUGAUUUUAUGUUCAACAACAACAAAAACUUUUCAAAAUAAAAGGUGAAGCUCUUGCGCAUGUGCAGUAACUCAGUCGUGAAGGAGGCGGGGCUUCAGUGACGCACCAGGAAGAGUUUCCCACGUGCCUCGGUUUGUUCGGUCUUCUCCUGUGUCAGAGCUCAGCUCAGGGUCUGACCUCAGGUGUAUUGAUGAUGUCAUCAGCAGACGACCAGCUGUGUCUGAACAUCAGCAGUAGUUUUCCCUCGUCUCCGUCUUCCAGGAGGAGACGUGUGAGCACUCAGCAGAGAUGGGACAGAGAGAAGCAGCGGGGAGCAGAGAAGAGGAGGAUCAGCUCCUCCUCAGAGGAGACGACACACUCCUUCAAACUGAGGAGGCUGCAGCAGGAGGAGACACCACAGAAGAAGGAGACGAAGGAGAAGGAGACAGGAAGGAGCAGCAUCAAGACCUCCUCUCUGUUCAAAUACAACCCAGAUAUACCUGAGAUUCACAGACCUGUUGUUUCUCAGGUGAAGGAGCAGAUUUUCACCUCUGAUUCGUUCUCAGACCUGAACCUUCACCCACACCUGGUGGCGACACUGAACAAAGUCCUGAAUGUUUCCACCCUGACCAGUGUUCAGAAACAGACCAUCCCGGCUCUUCUCUUGGGACGAGACGCCGUCGUUCGAUCUCAGACCGGAUCAGGUAAGACCCUGUCCUACGCCGUCCCCCUGGUCCAGAGUCUUCAGUCGGUUCAGCCGAAGGUCAGCAGGUCAGACGGUCCUCUGGCUGUCGUCAUCGUCCCCACCAGAGAGCUCGCCCAGCAGACCUUCCAGACCUUCCAGAAACUUCUCAAGCCGUUCACCUGGAUCGUCCCAGGUGUUCUGAUGGGAGGAGAGAAGAGGAAAGCAGAGAAGGCCAGACUCCGUAAAGGAAUCAACAUCCUUGUUUCGACUCCCGGACGUCUGGUGGAUCAUAUCAAAAACACCCUGAGCAUCGCCUUCAGCGCCGUUCGCUGGCUGAUUCUGGACGAGGCUGAUCGGACGUUGGACCUUGGUUUCGAGAAGGAUCUGACCGUCAUAUUAAACAGUCUGAACUCUACAGGACCGAACAGACAGAACGUCCUGCUGUCGGCUACAAUGACACACGGUGUCACUCGUCUGGCCGAUGUUUGUCUCCAAGACCCCGUCAGUAUCCACGUGUCCGGCCCCACCUCCUCUGACUUCACUGCCGCCGCCGCUGCGACCUCUAACCCUGGCCCAGCCGGCCAAUCGGAGAGCUUUGCUGUACCAGAGGCCUUGAAGCAGUUUGUGGUGGUGGUUCCCAGUAAGAUCAGACUGGUCUGUCUGGCUGCUUUCAUCCUGGACAAAUGUCAGUUUUCUCAGAACAACAAACUCAUCGUCUUCGUAUCGAGCUGUGAGGCCGUUGAGUUCCUCCACUCUCUCUUCAUCUCCGUCCUCUCCAGGUCCUCAGCCAAUCGCAGGCCUCCACUCAGCUUCCUGCGUCUCCAUGGCAACAUGAAGCAGGAGGAGCGCUCUGAGGUUUUCCAGCAGUUCUCAGUGUGUGAGUGUGGAGUCCUGCUGUGUACGGACGUGGCAGCCAGAGGUCUGGACCUUCCUCACAUCACCUGGAUCGUUCAGUACACUCCACCGACGGCGGCGGCAGAGUACGUUCACCGUGUCGGACGGACAGCUCGUAUUGGAGGAAGAGGAAGCAGCCUCCUCUUCCUCACCCCUGCAGAGACCACCUUCAUCACCGAGCUGGCCAAUCACAACAUCAGCCUAUCAGAGAUGAAGCUGCUGGACAUCCUGUCUACUCUGAUGAUGGACGACGCCUAUAAGGGGAGGGGCAAAUACCACAGCAAGAGUUCGUCCAAAGCUCUGGAGCAGGAGAUCAGAGAGCGAGCAACCGUUCUGCAGACGGAGUUCGAGAACUUUGUUCACUCUGAUCCUGAGUCGGUGCAGGCGGCCAAGAAAGCACUGCAGUCCUUCCUGCGGGCGUACACCACCUACCCUGCCCACCUCAAACACAUCUUCCACAUCCGCUCGCUCCACCUGGGACACACUGCCAAGAGCUUCGGCCUCAGAGACGCCCCGCAGGGUCUGAGCUCUGCCGCCGGACCCAAACACCGAACCAAGAGCCAGAACAGGAACCAGGCCAGGAGUCCGGUCAAGACCCAGAACAAGAGGUCGAGCAGCAGCCAGGCUGCAGGACGGGCCAGAACUGGAGAAAAGAGGUUUGGUCACGGUCGGAGGGAGGUCAGUCUGCUCCGCUCUGAGUUCUCCAGCGGGUUGGAGGGAGGAGGCGCCAAGAAGAAGAAGAAGAAGAAGACGACAACAUCUGGUCAGUCAGGAGAGGAGGAGUGAUGAGGAGGUGCAGCAGCUGGAGUGCCCAUGAGCAAGGUGACGAUUUGUUCAUGUGACUGUUCUCAGGUGUGCAGACAUUAAACCCUGAGCAGUUUGACUCAUUUACAGGAUGUCUGCAAGUCCUGGAAAGGUCCUAGAAAAGUGUGACUGUUCAGACAGAGUAACUUUAAGGCCUGUGUGAAGCUUGGUUUAUAUUUCUGUGUUGAACUGACUCGUACCUGGUUUCUGUAAUAACACCACCUGAACACCAGGUGGCGGUGGAGUUUCUGUGUUGAGUUUCUUCAUGUUGGAGUUGGAGUGAACUGACGUUGAACAGCAGUUACUUUUACUGAAAUGACUGCGAUGCCAUAAAGAGAGAAGACGUAGGAGGAGAUGGAGAACGACCUCUGAAUUGACUGAGGCAGAGGGAGGAGGAGUUUCCUGCAUUUGUCCGACCAAUGAGAAUCAUGAGCCGACCAAAUGUCUUGAUGUGUUUGUUUCUCUGUUCACCACAACAGAACCCUGAAUGUUUUCACUCUGCUGGACUUUGUCUGAUAAAACGAUGCAAAAUACAAAUAAACGCAGGUUUUAAAAAAAGUCAAACUGGAGGAGAACUUUAAAACCUCUGACGCUCUGCAGAAGUAAAAGCCUGUUUCUACUGGAGCACACUCUGCAGCACUUAAGGAAAUAUUCAGCUCUCUGGUCAUUCUGAUGUGUAAUCGCUGCCUUUUAACAUCAUUAAUAUUUCAGCCUGUUUAAUAUUUGAUCAGCUGAUCGCUCUGGAAACGUCUGAUUUUGGAUUAAAUGUCCAGUUGUUUGAUUGGACGACUGAACAGGAAAUAUAUUUGUUAACAGAACAUCUUUAAAUGUUCUGGUCCUUCGGGAUCAUGAACCGAGACCUUUUAUAUCUAAAUUAAGUGGACUCACUCAGGUCCACAGACUGUAGAAGAUCAGAUGAGUGGUCCAGAACGAGACUGGAUCAGUCCCCGUCAAACCACAUCCAGUGAUAAAGGCCAAGUAAAAAUCCCAUGUCACUAAGACGAGUCCAUAAAAACUCACUAGACCAGGACCCGAAACUGUUCGGACCCUUUAGUUUCUCUUCACUUUGUUUUGUCGUAAACUCACUUUAACAAACUCUUAAAACAAAAAUCAGCAAAACGACAAAAAUACUGAGAAUUCUUUUCUUAUUUAUUGAAAAUUUAAAAAAUGAACUCUAACAGCCACAGACACAUUCAGAAGAAAGUUCUUAUAAAAACACCUGUGAUGAUGUGAUGAUGUGUUGGUGAGUACAGUUUCAUUACAGUUUGACUUGAUGGAGAAAAGG